AUGGCCUCAUCAAGCUCGCUUCCGCCUCCCUCGCCUUCGCCCCUGGCGCAAAUCUCGGAAUUUGCCCAGGACAGUGCCUCGAUAGACUCUAGACCGGAGCAUCCAUCGCUGGCUUCGAUCCCCGAACUGACCACCAAGCCUGCCGUCUCCGAAGACGACAAAGUGGAAGCCCUCCAUCUCCUGGCGGACUCAGUUGCCCAACAACGCCAGCUUGCCUCCUCGGCCGUCAUCUUCCACCCUUUUACUCUCUCCAUGACGGCGUUGCUGUUUGGAUUGGUCUAUCAGAAACUCUACAAAGGAUCUCCAUCCGACUACGCCAUCAUUGGCACUACGUUCACGGGAGCUUUCAUGGCCGUGCUGGUCACCAUCCGUUGGCUGACAAGCGGAUACAUCGAUGAGGCCGGGAACGUCGGGACGUGGAAGUGGCUGAACAAGGGACGCGGCGAAAGGGAUAGCGGCGCCGUUGGCGACGAAGACGAGAUCCUGCUCACCUGGUUUGGUGACGAGGUCAUUGGCACUUUGAUCCUUCGUGGACAGCGGGCAACCCCACCAUCCAGCUCGGGUAGUUCGAGUCCCAAGAAAUCACGCAAGAACCACCCCGUCGUCGGUAUCAUCCGCGGCUGGACCGUGAAGCGCCGGUACCGACACAAGGGGGUAGGCCAGGGUCUGCUUGAAGAGGCGGUCCAGCUGUGCCAGAGUCAAGGGUGGAACGGACCGGAAUUUGCUGAUGACCAUGCCAACAGUCGCCAAGUCCUUCCCCGGACGUUCCAUGGCGGAUUUGCCAAGCGAGAACGCAUCGCUCGUGAGAUGCUGGAGCGAGUCAGGGACGAGGUCGGCAAGCCUAUUUCUAUUUCGGGCGGCAGCAGGAAGGGGAAGCGAUAG